GCGAUGUGCGCAUGCGCAGUGUUCACAUUCGGAAGCUGUGUGAAGACGCUGAGGCAAUGGAUGCUAGAUUUUGGGGUCGUCCUGGUUUUAAUUUCCCCCGUCCCUGGAACUACCCUGGACCUGUGGUGAACUAUGGUCCUCCUUUAGGUGACCCCAGAUUCAUGCACGGACCUGGGAUGGAGCCUCGGAAGUUUCCACCGCACAUGAGACCUCCUGUCCGAUUUAACCCCCCUCCCUGGGAGCGUCCCAAAAAUCCCAACAUGCAUGGAAAUGCCUUUGGUGUUAGGCCGCCACCGUUUGACCCGACACAAAUGCAGUGGAGACCAAUGCUUAACCGGAAAAGGAAGUUCUCCACACUCAGGCAGUUUCCCAAUAUGGAGCAAACAGGUACAUAUGCCAGCCAGACCUAUGUCUAUCAAGCCAAAACCCAGAAUGGAGAUGUGCAGGAACACACGGCUGCUGGGGAGACCAGUGAUGCCAAUUCGUCGAAUCAAGAACACAAAAAGGCAGAAGAUUCGCACCUUCUGGCAGAGCAACCCAAUGUGAACAGUUAUGGAUGGCAAGGAGAUACCAGCACAAUGUUCUCGUGUGUCUUGUGUCAAUAUUAUACCCCGGACGAGAAGCAAAUCCAGAUACAUUUUUUUUCCUGCCAGCACACGGAGAUCAUAAAACAUCUGUCUAAUUUCUUUCCGGAAAAAAGAGUGAACUUCCUUAAUGAAUACCUUAUGUUUAAGAAGAACCAAAUGGCCCUGCAGAAAAAGAACAGCAACCUGAAGUCCGUCAAAGACACAUUUAAAGGAGUAAUCCAGGACCAGUACUUGUCUCGUGUCCAAGCCACAUACUGUCAAGCAUGUGAUGUUUUCAUCCCUGAUGCCACAGAGCUUCUGAAAACGCACAUCAAAUCAGAUGUCCACAAACAGAAUCGCAAGGUGAGAUUCAAAACUGUAAAGGCCAGCAGCCUCGCAACAGCCAAGAAUCUUCUGCAGGAUAAAGAUAUUUUGCAGAUGCAUGUUAAAUACAUAAAGGGACAGAAUCCCUUUAAGGACUUAACCUGUUCAUCGCAGGUAAGCGGCUCGCCUGAAAUCCUGGUCCCUGAAGAAGACGAUAAUGAUAACGACGAUGAUAAUGAUGGCGAUGAUGAUAUCGUUGACGAUAUUCUUGAGGAUACUAAUGAUGAAGACUCCAUUGCCAAUGUUGGAUAUGGUGAAGAGCUUCCUGUUUACGAUGAUGAGAACACAGACACUGAUCUGAUGUUUCUUCUCAGUGAGCAAGAGAUGAUUGAAACUGAUCCCAUGAUCGAGAGAAGCCCAUCCAUGACUGUGAAAACUGAAGGCAAAGUUAAAGGGGAGGGAGAGGAAGAGGAGGCUGCGGAGGCCCCAUGAUGUCACUUAUUAUCUCUUAAUGUGAAUUCUUAUGUUAGUUUAUACCAAUGUCAUCUGAAGCAAGAAAUGCCCCAUUACUGUAGAUCACGAAUGUCUGAACCCCUCAGCCAUUGCCCCCAACAGUGAGUACAGAUGUGCUGCAUGCCCCUGUAUUUCGGGGUCACUUAAGUGGGUUGUCUAUUUCAACAGAAGCCGACUGUGAUCUAAUGGCUGCCUUCAGCCAUACAUUACUCUUUAUUUGUCCCCGGGAACAUGUAGCGUUACAUGGUAGCCAUUUUAUGAGUGGGCAGCUGCGUAAUGCAUGGGCAUGCCGGGGCUGCCAUCAGUGCCACUUUUACAUAGGACCUGAGGGUUGCAGCUUUGAGACAAUCCCUUUAAUUAGUUAGUUUCUACUCAGAGACCAUUUCUAAAUUCUGCUCACAAUUGUAAAGAUUGAUGGUGGCCGAUCAUUCCUUUAAACUGGAGACACUCCAACCUUCCUGUAAAAGUGUUGUCAAGAAUUUAAUAAAAAGUGUUUUUGUUUUUUUUAAAUGCACUCUUGUCCAUGGGUCAGGUGUUAGUAUUGCACCUCAGCCCAAAAGCGACUGAGGCUGGGCCGGAAUAGUAGGCACAGCCCAUGGGAUACAGUACUUUUUUUUUUUUUUUUUUUCUAAUCCUCGCCUUCCCCUUUAAAUGUUGGAAUUACAGUAUCUAAUUAAAGGGAUUGUGCCGAGUAUAAACAGGAUAAGGGGAUAGCUAACUGAUCAGUGGAGGUGGGACUGCUUGGACCACCACCUAUCCCAAGAACGGGGGUCCCCAUGUUCCCGUCCCAAUGGAGCUGCUGGCCAAAUGUGCACCCUGCCGUUUAACUCAUUCUUUAUGGGACUGCCAGAAAUCGCCAAGAGCUGUACUCUAUGUCCGGCAUUGCCAUAGGUAGUGAAAGGAUCGGCAGGGCACAUGCUCGGCCUGCCAACCCAUCAGGACACAAAUGUGGGACCCCUGUUCUCGUACGAGCACUUUCUUCUCUUCAAACAGCUGAUCAGUAGGGGUGCUGGGAGUCGGACGCCCACCAGUCUGAUAUUGACCUAUCCUAAAGAUAGUUCAUCAAUAGUAAAAAGUUGACAAUCGUUAUAAGGAGUGGUCUUCUCCUCGUGUCUCCCUUUUAUGUACCUUAGUGGGGGUUAACCAGAUGGGACAAGUGCUUUGAAGUCACUUCCCCCAGUGUUAUAGGGUUUAUCCUAUGACUAAUGUAAAAAAUGAAAAUCUGACAUCAUACAGCACAUUGACAACCUCUUUCAAACCAGCCCUGUACCGCGCACGGAUCCAGAGAUCUCCCUAUUGCUCUAAUAGAUUUAUAUCAAGCUGGCAGCUCAAGGGGAGCAUCUUUUCUGCUGCAGCUCGGGAGGGGUGUCAUUUCUGCAGGAGCUCAGCUCAGGACGCAGUUGAAGGAUGAAACUGAGCAUGUGCGGCCAUCUCAGUGAGCAGGACAAAGAAAUAAGAAACAAACAGCAGGUGGUGCUAUGCAGAUACAUUUUAAUAAAUAACUCAAUGGCUAUACAAAAUGUUUAAUUACAUGCAAUGUCAAAAGUACUCAGAUCCAAAUGGUGUGAAAACUGGUAGAAUAUUUCUUGUGGGACAACCCCUUUAAUGGCUCCGUCAUGCCCACCUAAUUGAUCCCCUGUUGGUCUCUGCUUCCUGAUUCCUCUCACAGGAAAUGUCAUUGAUUAUUUCCUCUUGUGUUGAGUUUGAUGAGGAAGCAUAGACUGGGAAGUGUCAGAAAGAUGGGUAUGGAUUACUUUAUUAUUAUUUUAUCAUUCUGAGUCCUAAAUAUGUAAUCGGCCAGGCUACGCCUUUAAGGAGAAAUGUCAUAAGUUUCAUCAGUGGGGCUUGCAGUAGAUCUAUGACACGGCCAUGAACAUCGGAUCGGGUACAGUGAAUGGGUUGUGGCAUCUAGUGGCUUUGUGUUCAGAUGUUUGUAAUUUCAACAUAUUCUUAUACAUUUUAGAUGUCUCGGCGUAGGUUUAUGUAAACUGUAUAAAAGCAAAGCAGUCUGUUGCCCAUAGCAGCCAAUCAGCAUAGCAAACCAGAAUAAAAGCUGUCCUGUGAUUGGUUGCUCUGGGUAA